AUGCAGGUCUUACUAGUACUAUGUGCACUUGCAGUGUGCACAUCAGCCACUUUCGACAAGCUUUUUAGCAAAAAGGACUUCGACCUCAGCGGGCUGUUCGAUGGUCUCUUUGAAAAGGAGAAAUCGCAUGGUCCUCCGCCUCGACCAGUCUACGGUCCACCACCUGUACACCACGGGCCACCACCACCAGUGUACGGGCCGCCCGCACCCGUCUACGGACCGCCCGCACCAUCUUACGGGCCGCCCGCACCAGCUUACGGACCCCCACCAGUACAUCACGCACCUCCUCCACCGCCACCACGGCCAGUAUACGGUCCGCCAGCUCCGGCAUAUCAUGCACCUCCGCCACCGCCGCCGCCGCCACCACCACCACCGCCACCGCGCCCAGUCUACGGACCUCCGCCAGUACAUCACGCACCUCCACCACCGCCACCACCGCGUCCAGUGUACGGCCCGCCAGCCCCGGCAUAUCACGCACCACCUCCGCCACCACCGCCACGUCCAGUCUACGGACCCCCGCCGGUACAUCACGCACCUCCUCCACCACCACCACCGCCACCACCACCACCACCACCGCGUCCAGUGUACGGUCCACCUGCCCCGGUCUACAAUCCGCCGCCACCGGUGUACCACGCACCUGCGCCCGCUCCUACCUACAAUGCACCACCACCAGCUCCUGUCUACAAUCCACCGCCGCCAGCACCAGUAUAUCAGGCACCGGUAUACCAUGCACCUCCGCCACCACCUCCGCCACCACCACCGCCACCACCACCACCAGUUUACAGUGCCCCGGCACCGCAUCCUGAACCAAUCCAGCUAUUGCCGCUACAGAACAAUCCUGUCAGCUUUUCUGGCGCCAGCUCAGCCUCAGUUGCUUCCGGUUCUGUUACCGAUGAUGGCUAUCACUAUGGCGUUGGUCAUGGUUCUGGUCACUAAUCCCACCAGCACAAUUCAAUCCAUCCUUUUCGUCUCCCUUUCUUACCCUCUCUUGUCCAACCCCGCUACUAUUUCAUCUUCUCCCUUCCUUCUAGACAGCCUGAAAAGGAAACAAAUCCGUUCGUGGAUUGUACAAUACCAAAAGUAUGUUUUAUUUUGCUAAAUGUUUCACGCACUGUACUCAAAAAGGGUCGUGCUGUGCUAGAGCAUGAACAGAUACCUGUCGAACUGU